ACUGGGAGAGUGCGUACGGUCGAGUUGGCACACAUCGAAGCGUCCAACGCGGUUGUCCUGUGCACGAUCUGAUAUUUGAAGGGAACCGAAACGACGGGAGCGCGCGGACUCGCCGGGCUGUGAGGGGCCGGCAGCGCAGAUGGUGACCUCGAAGCGGGAGCUGGUGCUCUCGACGGCGGUGCUGUCGGGGCUGGCGGCGGCCAUGCUGGUGACGUCGUUCGCCACCACGUCGUGGGUGACGGGCAGCCUGCGCAGCAACCCCUCCGGGGGGCAGGGCGCUGGAGGCCUGCUGUCCCUCGUGUCGCACGGCCUGUUCGAGGGCGAGCUGGAGCGCGUGGUGUCCGUCAACAACCAGCUGGACCUGUCCAUCCGCAUCACGUGCCUGAUGGAGCACAACGCGUGCGCGUGGAGCUGCCAGCCCAGCGCCGAGCUGCGCCGCCAGGAGGCAGAGCAGCUGUGGAGCUCGGGCUGCGUGACCGAGGAGCAGGUGGUCCAGGGCUGCAGCCAGCUGCAAGGCAACAUCACGGGCAACGGGACGGGUGACGGAUGCCCCCUGAGGGACCGGCGCUUCACCAACGCCGGCCUGUGGGUGUGCACGGUGCUGCUGCUGGCGGCGUCGCUGGUGAUGGCCGCGGCUUGCGCGGCGCUCGGCGUCUACAACUCCGCCAGCAGCCCGGCGCGCACGUGGCUCGGCGUGCCCGGCCUGUACGCCUGCAACGGCGUCGCAGCGGCGCUGAACCUGGCGACCAUGGUGCUGUGGGGCGCGCAGUUCGCGUCCGUGCUCGUGGGCAACAUCACCUACACCGAGGUCAUCACCGGCGGCUUCAGCAACCACAGCGUGUCGCUCGGCUACUCCUACUGGCUGCUGCUGGCGGCUCUCUUCCUCCACUGCGUGAACGUGGUGCUGCUGUACCUGCGGCAGUACCUGCUGGACCACGAGUCUCCCCCCGCCUCGCCCGGCAAGCUGGACGAGAACAACGACGGCGUCAUCUACCUGUACUAGCGUGGGCCCCCGCCUCCACGCCGCUGGGUCUCUCGACACGCACUCGACACGCACUCGACACGCACUCGACACGCGCGCCAAACCUCGGAGGAACAGUGUGUCAUCAUCGCCGCAGUGGACCCACGUCACGCGUCAUCGGCUAACCCCUAGACCCAGACGGGAGCGCCAGUUCCACGACCUCCAGUUGUUGGGUUAUGGGGGGGGGGGGGAGGGGGUUUCUAUGUAACUAAGGAGCUCUGGUCAAAAUGUUAAAGUCCCUGACCUUGGCAUCGGCCAAUGAUCAUACGAUUGUGGCUUGAGUAGGCACGCGUAUAAAUUUGAGUCUGAGGCCUAGAGCGAAAAGGAAUCGUCGCUCUACCUCCAGGAUGGACUCUAUGCUCCUCUUCAUGCCCGGGAAAGAAAUUGCUACCUGUGCAUUGGCUGCUCGCUUGAGCGACGUUUGUCCCAUCUGGGCUGCCAAUGAUUGACAAGCCUAAGAUGUACAUAAAGUUCUGUCCCUGCCCGAACACGCCCGAAUAUUCACCUCCGGCCAACCUCGGGAUUUGUUUUAUUUUUGCGCAGGAAAAAUGAAUUCAAAUAUUAAAAGUGGUCGGCUAGGUUAGCUACAUUAAAACCCUUUAAAACACUAUGGACGGUUAGUAAGGUUAGUAAAGCUACAUUAAAAUAAACAGAGAAAUAUAAAUAUAUAAAAAUAAAUCCGAGGUUGGCCAAAGAUGAAUAUUCGGGCGUGUUCGGGCAGGGACAGAGCUUGAUGUACAUCUUAGGCUUCCCGCCAAUGAUUCGACAGGCUUCUUCUUCUUAUUUUUUUUGAAGAUGCCUCGUUGCCUCCAAGCCAACUGUGGGCCAGUUUGCAGAAGCAGCGCCAUGAUGCAAAAGUUCGGAUUGUCACUUCACUGUUGCGAUGUAGUGAUAAACCAAAGUGGCGGGCCGCGAACUUCAAGUCUUCCUCAUAAUCCAAGCACUAACUCUUAAUUAUAUUCAUUGAACCACGUUUCAACUGUAAAUAUAUGAGCGCAGAUCAUCGACACUUGUUUUUGUGGGAUGUCGUGGUUAAGCGAUGUCUUUUAAUUUUACAAGAAACCAUAUAUUAUGUACAAUUUUGUUUAUAAUCAUUAAUAUAAUGCCUUUAAGUACAAUGAUAUUAGAAAACUAUUAUAAAUGUUUUCAACGACAUGAUUAAAACACGUUUCAUGAUCACCAAA